UGAUGUUAAAACCGUUUGAAGAGUGUUAUUAUUAUUACCUCCUGGUGAUAAUAUUGAAUAUCGUAAAGACAAAACAACAGAGAAUAUUAAAAUUGAAGAAGAAGGAAGGAAGGACGGACGGAGAAGGUGGUGAUUCAGGGCAAAUUAAAAAAAGGGGAAAUCGUCGGAGAUAGAGAAAGGCAGAGUCUUUUUUCAGAUCGUGAAGCUCAAAACAGAGAAGAAAGCAUAUCUUCUUCAGGUGGUUUGAUUUUACCCAUGGAACCCAAUGGCUACAUGAAAGAAGAAACAAAGAGAAUGAAUGGUGGUGGUGAUGUUGCUGAAAGUGAGCUUGAUCCAUGGACUGCAUGGGCUUACAAGCCUCGCACUAUCUCCCUUCUCCUUAUUGGCGCUUGCCUUCUCAUUUGGGCAAGUGGAGCUCUUGAUCCUGAAAGCACUACUUCUGAAGAUAUUGUCACAUCUGUUAAAAGGUUCUCUUUUUCUAUGCUUUUUUAUUUAUUUUCAUUUGAAUCUAUUAUUACUUACUCUAUACUAUGUUUAUAGGGGAGUGUGGGCUAUGAUUGCUGUCUUUCUUGCUUACUCUUUGCUCCAGGCUCCUUCAACGGUUCUAAUAAGGCCACAUCCUGCAAUCUGGCGCUUAGUUCAUGGAUUGGCCGUCAUUUACUUAGUUUCACUUACUUUUUUGCUCUUCCAGAGACGUGAUGAUGCUAGGCAGUUCAUGAAGUUUCUCCACCCUGACCUUGGAAUAGAACUUCCUGAGAGAUCAUACGGUGCUGAUUGCCGUAUUUAUGUGCCUGAUCACCCAACAAACAGGUUUAAAAAUCUUUAUGACACAGUGUUUGACGAGUUUUUCUUAGCCCAUAUCUUUGGAUGGUGGGGGAAAGCAAUUCUUAUCCGGAACCAGCCUCUUCUGUGGGUGCUUUCAAUUGGUUUUGAGUUAUUGGAGCUUACUUUUCGGCACAUGUUACCAAAUUUCAACGAGUGCUGGUGGGACAGUAUUGUUCUUGAUAUCUUGAUAUGCAACUGGUUUGGUAUCUGGGCAGGGAUGCAUACAGUACGCUACUUUGAUGGAAAAACAUACGAGUGGGUUGGCAUUAGUCGCCAGCCUAACAUUAUUGGCAAGGUGAAAAGGACACUGGGGCAGUUCACACCAGCUCACUGGGACAAAGACGAGUGGCACCCUCUGCAGGGACCUUGGCGUUUUAUUCAAGUACUCACUCUUUGCAUCAUCUUCUUAACAGUGGAGCUGAACACAUUCUUUCUCAAGUUCAGCCUCUGGAUCCCUCCUCGAAACCCAGUGAUUCUCUAUAGGCUGAUCUUGUGGUGGCUCAUAGCGAUUCCAACUAUACGGGAAUACAAUUCAUAUCUCCAAGACCGGAAACCUGUAAAAAAGGUGGGAUCAUUCUGUUGGCUAUCAACAGGGAUAUGCAUAGUAGAACUUCUCAUCUGCAUCAAGUUUGGAACUGGAUUGUACCCAACAGAGAUGCCAUUGUGGGUAGUGACACUUUGGGGAAGUGUGGGACUUGGACUUGUGGCCUUUUUGCUGGGUUGGACAUGGAAGAUACAGAGGACCUUAGAGAGAAAGAGACGCUAAGCUCAUCAUCAUUGUUGCAGCAGAGGGGAGAGGUGAGACAGAUAAAUGCCAUUGUAGGGGUUUUGGUUAUUUGUAAAUAGGGAGAAGAAAGAAACAAUGUAAAUGCAAUUUUUUUCUUUUAGGGAUUAGUUGUGUGAUAUUUUACAUUACAGAGCUUCUUAUCAAUUCUUUUAAAUUGCUUUCAUUAUC